CCGUUGGUCGAUCAGCCUGUCAUGGCGAGCGCCCGGGAACAAGCCGCGACGCCGGACUCGAAGAUCGCCGAAAAGGACGCAAACCCCGAGAAGAAGGACGUGUUGUUGGAUAAUGAGCCACACAAGGAGAAUCCUUUGAAUCGUUCCAUCACAGAGGCCGAUCGUGUAUUCUACGAAAAGUAUGGCACGUAUGAUCGAUACGAGCUUACUGAAGAGGACUGUUACGAUGAACUGGGGUUUUGUUUUCCUAAUUGGAAGAAAUGGACUAUUCUGAGUAUCGUGUUUACGGUGCAAGUCUCCAUGAACUUCAAUACCUCUCUGUAUUCCAACGCUAUUGGCGGGAUUUCAGAGGAGUUUGAUGUCAGCGCUCAGGCGGCGAGGCUAGGAGCUGCUAUCUUUCUCAUCACGUACGCGUUUGGUUGCGAGCUGUGGGCACCUUGGAGUGAAGAGCUCGGCCGCUGGCCUAUCCUCCAGCUCAGUCUGUUCUUCGUCAACAUCUGGCAGAUCCCUGUUGCCAUAGCCCCAAACUUCGGCACUAUCCUCGCUUUCCGCGCAUUGGGUGGUCUUUCCACUGCAGGUGGCUCUGUUACGUUGGGUAUGGUGGCAGACAUGUGGGAAGCUGAUACGCAGCAAUACGCAGUAGCAUUCAUCGUCUUCUCAUCUGUUGGCGGUAGCAUCCUCGGUCCAGUCGUUGGAGGCUUUGUCGAGCAAUUCCUCGCUUGGCGCUGGAACAUCUGGAUCCAGCUCAUCUUUGGUGGGGCAACUCAAAUCGUACACUUCUUCCUCGUUCCCGAGACCCGCACAACGAUCAUGAUGGACCGCAUUGCAAAGAAACGACGCGCGGAGAGCGAGAAGAACGGCAAGCCCCUCAACAUCUGGGGUCCCAACGAACUCACACCAUUCAAGGAGCGCUUCUCCAUGCGCGAAAUCCUCGUCACAUGGGUGCGACCUUUCCGUAUGUUCCUUACCGAGCCUAUUGUGCUGGUCCUCUCGCUUCUUUCUGGUUUCUCCGAUGCUCUGAUCUUCAUGUUCAUCCAGUCCUUCGCGCUUGUGUAUGCUCAAUACGACUUCAAGCCUUUUGCCGUCGGUCUAGCUUUCGUGUCCAUUGGUAUCGGCUAUCUACUGGCCUGGAUCUCUUUUAUCCCCGCUAUCAAACGGAAUAUGAAGGAGCGUGAGGAGAAGCCACACGACGAACGCGCCCAGUACGAAUCUCGACUAUGGUGGCUACUUUACACCGCACCAUGCCUGCCCAUCGGACUGAUUGGCUUCGCAUGGACCUCGACAGGGCCACCCAUUCCCUGGAUCGCUUCCAUGAUUUUCGCUGCCGUCGUCGGUAUUGCCAAUUACGCGAUCUACAUGGCCACUAUCGACUACAUGAUCUGCGCAUACGGACCCUACUCUGCAUCUGCUACCGGUGGAAACGGAUGGGCGCGCGACUUCCUCGCCGGUGUGCUUACACUGCCCGCAACACCUUUCUUCCAGAACAUCCCGAACUCGGAUGAUCCGAACCACCUGGCAUACGCAUCGACGAUUCUUUUCUGCAUCUCGUUCGUGCUUGUUGCAGCCGUGUAUGUAAUUUACUGGAAGGGCCCAGUAUUGAGGAAGAGGAGCCCCUUCGCGCAGAAGCUUAGCGCUGCUAGGGAUGAUGUUGGCGGAAGAAGGGUCAGUGCUGUGCCUGGGUUGUAUGGCUCGAGGCAUAAUUCAAUUGCGAAUGGCGGGUCUGUUCCGGGGUCUCGUCGUGGUAGCGUCAUUCGCGGGACGAGUUACCAGGGAAGACCGGUUCCCAGCGUUGCGGAGUAG